AUGAAUGUAGUGGAUGGUACUAUAUGUCAGAUCUGCGGCGAUUCUGCUGCCGGCUUUUACUGUGGGGCAUACGUUUGUGAAGCUUGCAAGAAAUUCUUCAUUCGGUCAUUGAGGUCUAAGAUAAGCCGUGACUUCAACCCUUGUCCAUCCGAUGGUCAGUGCCACGUGACCAAGGAGACCAGGACUCAGUGCCCUCAGUGUAGAUACAACAAAUGUCUUUCCUUCAAUAUGUACGCACCUGGUCAUGCAAAUGUUUCAAAAGACAUAAAGCACAUCCCCUGCAAAGUUUGCGACUUUCCAUCGUCAGGAUUCCAUUAUGGCGCCAUCACCUGUGAAAGGUGCAAGGGAUUUUUUCGGCGUUGCAUCUUGGAUAGAAACAUAGAGCUAUUGGGAAUGUGCAGACUGCUGAAGAAGAAGAGGAACAUGUGCAAGAGAUGCCGCUACCUCAAGUGCCUUGCAGUCGGCAUGCGAUAUGAUAGUGAGUAA